CGUACGCGAAGCAUACACGGCGAUCCAGAAGAGGGAUCCCGAAGAGUCUCAGACGGAAGCUUGACGGGACGACUGACAGACGUACGUCGAGGAGAGAGAGCGAGAGAGAGAGAGAGAGAGACAUCACGCGUUUCCGCACCUUCAGGAACAUCCCUGAAGACGUUCGCAUCGACAUCGACGAUAUUGACAGUUCAAUCGAACGUAUAAUCGGUCGCGGAACUUGACAGUCAAAAGUAAAGAGAAAAACAAUGACUAUCGCCUGAGAGAGGAAGAGAAAGAUUCGCACUGAUAUCGCGCGUUAUGAUAUAAAAGAUCGCCGAGGGUGAUCGAAGAAUCGAAUUCGUUGAACGUGCGCACACGAGGAUGACCUCCUACGCGACCUUCCAGCAGUACGAUCUCCUGGACUCCGAGGGUUACGGGUCCGCGAGCAGCCCGGAGUCGAACCCGCGCGGCACCUGGCACCAUCAGGAGAUCUACCCGCAACCGCCGCGCUCCAGGGGCAGCAGUUGCGGCAGCGUUAGCUCCGUCGACAGCCACCACCAGCAGGAGUACCAGGAGAUCGGCGCCCCCAAUGGUAGCCUGCACGUGACCGCGGGCUUCAACUUUGCCGACUUCUACGAGGGCUACUACCAGGAGGGCUGUCGCACCAACGAGCACCAGCCGUUGAACGGCAACGGCGCGAACAGGAACGUCAAGGAUCACCACUCCAAGGUCAUCUUCAGGAGCAUGAACGAACAGUGCGCGAGCUACGGCGAUGCCCCGUCUAGGAUGGGCUUCAACGAGAUCGCUGCGAGCAAGCAGGAUCCGGCGGGGUACGCGCAGAAGAUGGAACAUCAUCAUCACCAUCACCCGGCCGGUGUCUUCGCGAAUUCCCGCGGCGAGUACGGCCCGAGCCAGGAGGCCGUCUUCGCGGCGAAGAGCUACGCGAAGAACGGCGGCUUCCUGCCGCGGAACGAGAACCACCCUUACGGCCAGAGGGCAGACGUGCUUUACUUGGGCGCCGCUUACACCGUGCAGAGGAACGACGCCGGUCUGGCGGCGAACGGCCAGCCGGCGAGCAAGUGCGACCAGUCGCGGUAUCAUCAGCGGGACGACGGCCUGCACGUUCUGCCGGCGGACUACGCCGGCCAGAAGUCCAAGGACGCGAUACAGAAGAUGAAGAGUAGCGCGCCCGGUAUCGAGGUACUGAGGAAGAGGAGGCUCGCGGCGAACGCCAGGGAGAGGAGGCGAAUGAACAGCCUGAACGACGCCUUCGACAGGCUGCGCGACGUCGUGCCCAGCCUCGGCAAUGACCGAAAGCUCAGCAAGUUCGAGACGCUGCAAAUGGCGCAGACCUACAUCGCCGCACUCUACGAGCUGCUGCAACGCGAAUGAACGUCCGGCUCGGCCUCUCCUCUGGAAAGGAGAACGAGCAUCAUCGACGUCGCCCCCCUGGACGCGUGUCACCGCGACAGCACAGAGUCCUCGAGGGAAAUCGCGAAAUGUGUGACGGCUUGGGAAGCACUCAAGCUUCGAAACAAAGAGAGAAAGAGAGAGAAGGAGAGGAAGAGAUACUCGAGGAUACUCGUGUUCGUCGGCCCCGCGAGGAUCCAUCCUUUGAAGGAGUUCCAGUCGACUCUGCGGCGAAGACAACGUCCAAAUCGACCUCGCCCCCGCGAGAGAAUCGGACUUCACGACGAAGCGGACGCCAGACUUCUGGAGCAUCGAACGUGGAUUUCCGCAGCAUCGAGCUCGGGGUAGACGCGCGGAUUGAGAGAUCGCAGUUCCUCGGCGGGAAGAACGGGGCGCGUCCUGCCUCCGACAGACAACGUCCGCAGAUACGAGUUAGGCGAUAAGACUCCAACUUCGAGCGGUUCUUGUAAGGUUAACGAAAUCAAUUUCCCACCAAUAAUGUUCCUCGACCAAGACCAAAUGUAUUUAAGAACGUGCAAUGUUAAUAAAGAGACGAUUCUUUGGAAAAA